AUGCGUUGGGUCUCCAAGCUCUUAGCCAUUGCGGCAACGGGCGCCCUGGGGACGAAUGCUAUGGAGGCUUCCAUCUUCAAGUCCACUAUGGGUCAAGAUAAGGACCUGGGCUCUUCAACAGUCUCCGAGGAUUUUGCACGACUCGCUCUGAAACUCCGUGUCGAGUCUUCUGUAGCAUCGGUUCUCGGAACCGAGGAAACAAACCUGGAUCGUCUAGACCAGUUCGUUGAUGCUCAAUUCCCCCUGUUCGGUGGCAAGAAUGAUGCUUCUGCGAAGACUCUCAUUAUUUUAGAGGGAGUCGACGAGAAGACCGGAUUGAGCAUGCGCCAGAGACAUACACCCAAUCUUUUCGUCCCCCGUGCCUCCAACGAACUUCUUGACGAUUCUUCUAUGUCAUUGGGUGGUGAGGAUGAGGAAAGCAUCUGGAUGUACCAGGAAAAUGCAAGCAAGACGAAGUCAGAAGGCAUUCAGCUGGCCAAGGAGUGCCUUUCCAAGAACCCAGUUCUCUCCGCUUCCCAGGAGCUGUUCCGCGAUAAUGUCCUGGAGACGAUCCAGUCGGCGGAGACACGGAUGAGCAAAGAUCAGAGCACAAUUAUCUCCCGCCUGUCUUUCAAGAGCGGCUCCGCGGAGAACACUCUCGAUACAAAGCUCUUUGAAUCCAUCUUCCAGGAUUUGAUGAACAACUCUCCCUCAGAAAGCCAGCAAUUGACGGUUGUGCUUCUUUCCGGUUCUCGCAAUGAUACCAAUGCCCCCAAGAAGCUUGCUCAGCGGGAGGUCAAAGCUUACCGCGAUGUCAGCCAGUCUACUCCCAGGGCACUGGAUGAGUCCUUGCAGCACUCAAACCUGGCUCCCGUGUGCCAUCUUUCUAACUCGUCCUGUACUGACUCAACCAACAGCUGCUCCGGACACGGAUACUGCUACCUGAAGUAUGGAUCGGGCAGCGAGGGAGCCGCUGGUAACUGUUACGCCUGCCGUUGCCAAGAGACCGUGGUGCGGAAGAGCGAUGGUGGCAUUCAAAAGAUUCAGUGGGGUGGACCUGCAUGCCAGAAAAAGGACAUCAGUUCGCCAUUUUUCUUAAUAGCUAGUGUCACCGUCUUUGCUAUUCUCGCCGUAGGCACUGCGAUUGGUAUGCUCUUCAGCAUGGGCUCCCAGGAGUUGCCCAGCGUGAUUGGAGCCGGUGUGGGUGCACCCAAAGUUCAGUCAUAG